CGACUCCAAAUUAUAGAAGAAAAAGAAGAAAGAAGAACAAAGAGAGAGAAGAAAAACAACAGACUAAAAUUUUCAGAAUUUGUAAUAGGACAAGAAGUUCGAACCAAGGAAAUAGUGGAGAGUAUUUUAGCAAGCAAAGGAGUGGCUAAAAGUACUACAGAUGCCUACAUCAUAGGAAGAGACAAAUCAGGAAGAGGAAUAGCUCGUGUACAAAUAUCUCAGUUCACAAAUAAAACUAAAAUUCUACGAAUCAAGAGUAAACUUAGAGCGAAACAUACAUACAUUUACAUUGAUCCCACAAAACAAGAAAAAGAUAAACAGUCUGCAAUUUGUCAAACAGUACAAUAAUUAAGAACGGAAGAAAAAAUGAAAAGAACUUUACAAACACCUGAAAGUGAAUAUGAAUUAGAAAAAGCACUAUCAGAAGUCAAUUACGAUGUCGUUGACUUAUGUGAAAUAAGAAAAUGUGGAGACGCUAUUAUUGAAAAAGCAAAUGGUGACAUUUUCUUGUACAUUGAAACUACAAAAGAAUUACCUCUUCGAAUUCUCAAUUUCAAAGACUGUACUGAAAGGACUCAAGAAUAUCAGAGCACUUGUGAAAUCUGAUUUUAAGAAGAAAUUCUAAAAUAUGGAAAGAUAUCAAGGAAGGAAAGAGAGUAAAACUGGUACAAAAAGUUUCGACGAGAAGAAAAUGAAACAUAGUGAGAUGGAGAACUGGAGAAAAAAGAAAGAAUAACUUAAAAGGAAGUGUUGAAAUUGUCUCGUGGUCCCUAGAUGACCCUAACGAAGAAUGAAGAAAAUAUUUUUAAUGCCGCAAAAUUUCAAAACACGUUUUAUUUUACCACGAAGUAUUGUAACUAUAACUUAAUUAGUCUGUAUAAUUAUGAAAAUAC